AUGUCUGCACUUCGUCCACAAGCAUUACAACCAUUAAAUAGUGGUCAACUUAAUGCCAGAGCUAACAACAUCACUCCUGUCAAAUCAGUUAGACGUACGAAAGAGAAUGUCGCUCCAUCUGAUCAAAAACAAUCAAAGAAGAAAAAGGAAAAAUUAUCUGCAUUAUGUAAAACACCUCCAUCUAUUGUCAGAACUAGAAAUGGUAGAGAUUAUCGUCGAGGGACUUUCUUGGGUGAAGGUGGUUUUGCUCGUUGUUUCCAAAUGAAGGAUGCCGCUGGCCAAAUCUAUGCUGCAAAAACUGUUGCUAAAGCUUCCAUUAAAAAUGAAAAAACAAAGACUAAAUUAUUGUCAGAAAUUAAGAUUCACAAAUCAUUAAAACAUCCAAAUAUUGUAAAUUUUGUUGAUUGUUUUGAAGAUGAUGUCAAUGUGUAUAUUUUAUUGGAAAUAUGUCCAAACCAAUCCUUGAUGGAACUUUUGAAAACCAGAAAGAGAGUUUCUGAACCAGAAGUUAGAUUUUUCAUGGUUCAAAUUAUUGGAGCCAUCAAAUAUUUGCAUUCAAGAAGAGUUAUCCACAGAGAUUUAAAACUUGGUAACAUUUUCUUUGAUCCUGACAUGAACUUGAAGAUUGGUGAUUUCGGUUUAGCUUCUGUAUUGCCUUCUAAUGAUUCCAGAAAAUACACCAUUUGUGGUACUCCAAAUUAUAUUGCCCCUGAAGUUUUGGGUGGUAAACAAACAGGUCAUAGUUUUGAAGUUGAUAUUUGGGCAAUAGGUAUCAUGAUGUAUGCUUUGCUAAUCGGCAAACCACCAUUCCAAGCCAAAGAUGUCAAUGUUAUUUAUGAAAGAAUUAAAAAGACUGAAUACUAUUUCCCAGAAGAUAAGCCAAUUUCAGAUUCUGCCAAAUUUUUAAUCAAAGAUUUGUUGAGCUUGAAUCCAUUAAGCAGACCAACCAUCGAUGAAAUUUUAGAUUAUGAUUGGUUUAAAGGUCCUUUCCCAGAUAAAACAAGAGAAAUCAGUUUGCAAGAAACCCCUGAGGGUCUUUAUCACAUCAGCAAAACUCAAUCUUCCAUCAACUUCAAACAAGCAAAGAAAGCUGCUGAAAUCUACACUCCAAAAACCAAGAAUCCUGUUGAAAUAUUGCGUUCUGACUUGCAUUCAGAACAACCUAGAACAUUGCUUCCACAAUCCUUAUCUCCUAAUGAUACAAGAAACAAAUAUCAAGAAGUGGAUCCUGGUGAACUUGGAAGACCAAGAAGAUUUAAUUUUAAUUCAAAUUACUCACAUGCAAUUCGCACCCUUAAUGAAGAAUGUUUUAACACCUAUCAAACCAUGAGAAGAUUAGAACACUCUAAUACUGAAUCAGAUUUUUCUGAAUGUGAAACUCCUACAUUAAUUAGUAAAUGGGUGGAUUAUUCAAACAAAUAUGGUUUCUCCUAUCAACUCAAUAAUGAUGAUAUCGGUGUUUUAUUCAAUGACGAAAAUACAUUGUUGAAGCUUCAUAAUUCUGAUAGAUAUUUAGAAUUGAUUUACCACGACAACGAAGGUUGGACAUGUAUUGAAAACUCACUUUUAAACCCACCUACUCAAGCUAAGAGACAAUUAGAAAUUGUCGAUUUCUUUGCCAAGUACAUGAAUAGUAAUUUAUCAAAAGUUAGUGAAGUCGAAGAAAGAAAAGAAACAGUCUUUUUGAGACGUUAUACCAGAACUCCAGAUUAUAUUAUGUUUGAAAUGACUAAUGGUAAUUUCCAAUUUAAUUUUAAGGAUCAUCAUAAGGUGUGUAUAUCAAAAACUGGUAGAGUCAUCACCCAUAUUGCCCCUAAUCGUUUAACCCAAACUCAACCAUUGAGUUUAGUUUACAAACAUGGAGAUUUCUUAUCCGAUGAAGUUCCAGAUUGCUUAAUGAAAAUUGCUGUCAUUAAAGAAGCCAUCAAGAAGAAAGCAUUCAAGGAAGCUUAG